AUGGAGAACCGCAGCAACAGCAAAGCAGACACCCCCACCAACAUUUCCUUGGGGGUUGGAGGUCUCCCAUUCAGCAUCUUUGAAUACAAGACCAUCUCCGUCUUCCUGGUGCUCACCAUAUGUGGAGUUGGCAUUAUUGGCAAUACCAUGGUGGUCGCUGUGGUUCUGACCACCCGCGACAUGAGGACUCCGACCAACUGCUACUUGGUUAGUUUGGCUGUGGCUGAUCUGAUCGUUCUGGUGGCUGCCGGCCUGCCCAACAUCUCUGAGAGUCUGGCGGGAACAUGGAUCUAUGGAUUUGCUGGGUGCCUUGGCAUAACCUACUUCCAGUACCUGGGCAUCAAUGCAUCCUCCUGGUUUAUCACAGCUUUCACUGUGGAAAGAUAUAUUGCCAUCUGCCACCCAAUGAAGGCGCAGACAAUGUGCACCGUGUCUCGAGCCAAGCGCAUCAUUGCAUUUGUCUGGAUCCUCACCUCGGUGUAUUGCAUGCUCUGGUUCUUCCUGGUGGACGUGGCUGCUAACAACAGCCAGCAGCUGGAGUGUGGCUACAAGGUUUCCCGCAACCUUUACCUGCCCAUCUACCUGCUCGACUUUGCCCUCUUCUUCAUCACCCCGCUUCUGGUCACCACUGUGCUCUAUGGCCUCAUUGGAAAAGUCCUCCUCCGGAGCCGUGCCCUGCACCAUGGCACUGCCCAAGGGGAAUGCUGGAGAGAGCGAAGCAACCAGGAGAAAAACGGCACCGAGGCUGGCCUGAGCAGAGCUGGAAGUUCAAGAACCAGAGUGCCUGUCUCUUCCAGGAAACAGGUCACCAAGAUGCUGGCUGUGGUGGUGGCCCUCUUUGCCCUGCUCUGGAUGCCCUACAGGACCCUGGUUCUGGUGAACUCCUUUGUGGAGCACCCCUACCUGGACCGCUGGUUUGUCCUCUUCUGCAGGAUCUGCAUCUACACCAACAGCGCCAUCAACCCCAUCAUCUACAACCUCAUGUCCCAGAAGUUCCGUCUGGCCUUCAUGAGGCUUUGCAAAUACAGGGAGGAGGGACUUCCGCGGCAGCGUAGCUUUUACACAGCCUCGGGCAAUGACAGCACCGGGAAAGCCGGUCCCAUUGGCCAGCAGGCCAGCCACAAAGCGAAGGGGCCGGUUGGGGUCCCCAGAGCAGAGGCUGAGCAACAGAUCCUGAGCCAGAAAGAGAAGGAGAUGCAGGUUAGCCUGCUUUGA